AUGCCUCCUAUCGCGACUACCUCCGCCAGUAGUGGCACGCCAACAGCAAUACCGCUCAUCGCUACUCCAACCGUCUCAUCAGGCUUCAAUGGAGAAGAGUUCAUAAACAACCUCGGCAGCGAUCUGGCGCCUCUCCUGACGCUUUUCGGAGAACAAGUCACCAAGCAAUUUCUCAGUAUGUCACUAGGGUGGGCUGAUCAUAUACUUCUGGCUGUCGGCCCACUCGGAAUAAUCACCAUCAUGGUUUCUGCAAUCCGAGUCUCAAACGUCCGAACUCUGAAGGCCAUAGUUGGUCGUGCGAGAGAGAAGAUCGCGACAGCGGAGCUGGAGCUACUCUCGUCGACGUCAUAUGCCACUUCGGAGCUCUGGACCGAGGAAGGAGUGGUGCGCCAACCGGGCCAUGCCAAAAUCCUCGAGAUGGUUGUCUAUAAAAGUAAGCCUAGACCAGAGACCCCGAGCUCAGAUAUGCUCGGGCUCAAAGCCCCUAGUGAGACUAUCAUCGGCGAUCUUCCUGGAGCUGCUAGUGAGAUUCUCAGCAGUGACCUCAACAAAACCUCUGGUGAGGUUCGCAUCGGCGACCUCAAUGAAGCCUGCAACGAAAGAGUUCUCAGACCAGCUGAAGAAGUCCGUUCCAAGAUGUUCAAAUAUCUGCUUGGCAAGUUCGGCAAAUCAGAUGGGCCAUUGAGGCCUCCCGUCCUAUGGAUGGACUAUUUUAAGGAGCUUGCCAGUCAGCCACCAAAUCUCACACUCAACAUACACAACACCUUUCCAGGAAACAUGGAGCUGUGGGGGUUUGUGUUGAUUGGAAUCGCUUUGCAACUCGUUGCUAUUGGGAUACCCGCAGCGAUGACUUAUUAUUGGAGGAAACCGAAGGGUGCAAAUCCUGUUCAACACUACGCGUAUCCAACUUUCCUCGUAGGCACAUGCUUACUCGUCGUGAGUAUAGCAAUGUGCUCGUACAUCAUCGAAGCGACAAGUGUUGAGCAUACAUUUGCACCGACGGACGACUUUGAGGUGAAAGAUAUCUUCCGGUUACAGCUGGAACAGAAUAUGGGUGAUCAGCCCUUCAAAGCAUACGUCAUCUUGAACGAUGCGAAAGAUAAGAAAAUUCGCACUUCGAGAUAUGAUCCAAAAGAGGUACACCAACAAGGUCCACGCAAACUAAGAACCCACACAGAACACGAUCUCUCGAAAGCUGAUCCCGAGACCCCAUGUAGCGGUUAUUUGGGGCGUAUUUGGAGGAUCGGUUCUACUAUACAUUCAAAGUUCUCAAGCCCUUUCGCAAGACGCUUAGCGAAGUCGAAAGCCGAGCUCCAGAAGGUAUUCGUUACCUUUGCUGUCAUUCUUUGUUUCGCUGGAUUUGUCUGCCAAUUCGUCGGUUUAAGAGCACUCCACUGGUCGGCUACCGUUAUACAACUUGGUAUCACACUCCUAAUGACUUGUAUCCGGGCUUGGAUUCGCAGAGGGGUCUCGUAUCAGCCCAAAACUUUCCAGCUCCCAGAUUCCAACCCAAAUUGGAUUGCCCUCGUCUUGGGUACCGCCUGUCAAGAAGCAUGGCCCAAGGGGGGUGAGCCCUGGCCGGUCAGGGACUCCGGAUUUCAUCCGUUACGUGAGCCAGUAAAAUUAACCUGCACGCCUUACGCAGAGUCGAUGAUUGUCAAUGAUCCCAGGGUUGUCUUGCGCAAAAAGUUGCAAGCCGUUCUGCCCGAUACCGAUAGUGACCUUAUUCACCUUUGCGAAAAGUUCCAACAAUUCAGAAAGUCCUUGCGCGCACUUGUGUGGCGCAGUGGACUGACAAUGGCAGUCCGACGCCUCACAUGGGCGCACGUAGUCGAAUGCCGUGAUUUCGGCGAUCACAAAAUACAGUACAACCGUCUAGAGUUUAAUGAAAGGGUUCAGGAGAACGAUAUUCAUGCUUUGUUGGCACUGUGGAGAUUUCGCGGACAUCUUCGCCCUGUCGACAUGAGCAUUGUAAAAGCCUUCUCCGAGGAGGAUUGGAAAGAAAAGUGUAAUUUCUUCAAAUCUCGUAUCAAGGCAGAUCGCCCUAUUUCCUUGUAUUCGACAACUCGUUCUACUGCUUCUCAGGAACUUGCACGAGGUGGCACGAGGCUACGGAACACUUUUACAGUAGGUUGCAUCGGGCUAAGCAUCGACGCCAUGCAGGAUCUCACUGUGUCUUCUGGGGCCCGCGAACAUCACUUGUACGGAUACCUUAUUUGCCCUUUGAAGAAUCCGGUAAAUCCCCACCCUCUCGAGUUGCUUGCUGGUUUCAUGGAUGCACUUUGGCAUCAGGUGAAUCUGAAGUAUAAUGACAACACGGAGUCAUGGUAUAGUGACUUUGAAGGAUUCCAUGCGGUCAUUGACGUAGGAAAGGUUGUGAACAUCGUUAUGAAGUCUGGGCUUCUGGAAGACGAGACAGAUGCCGAGGUUUUGGUGUAUUCGUCGCUCCUGCGAUGCACGAAAUGGAAGCAUCAACCGGACCCAGAUGUACCUGUUACCAAGACCGACUGGCAUCCUGAUUUUUCACCUCCAACGGCUACCACAGCUCAGUCCGACAGCCAGCAACAAGAUCAACAAAUGAUAAGUGCCUCUGCAACCGCGCCAGUGAAUCAGAGUCCACAAACCGACGCUGCAACUACGAUUAACUCCAGAAGUAAGCCUCGUCCUACACCGAGCAUACCGAUAUCAACCGUCGUCGAGACAGUUCAGGAAGAGAAGAGCUUAAGUGCGAGAGCUACAACCGCGGAAGCUUCGCUGACUCAACAUACGCCCAAGCCAAUUACACCAGUACCCAGCGUUUACGAGUUUGUACAGGCAGAGACAGAUAAGGGUGAGCUUGCGGCAAUUUCAAGCGCUGCAGAACAUCAGUCUACCUCAACAGCAAGACUACCAGUGGUUAGCAGUGUUAGGGCGCCGGAAAUGGGAGAGAGUUCGCGAACUGGAGCCCAGAUGGCGGAAGCUGCUGCGGACUAG